AUGUUUAGUGCGGGAGGAACACUUUGUGGCAUAUUAAUUUAUGCACAGAUUUCUGUAAUAGCUUCUUCAAAACUUGUUGAAAAUGAACCAAUAGUCAGAGUAAAUGAAGGUCAACUUAGAGGCACUGUUGAGACACUCGUAGAUGGAUCGUCCUCUUACAGUUUUAAAGGAAUACCCUUUGCUGCCCCACCUGUAGGAGAACUUAGAUUCAAGGCACCACAGCCGCCAAAGCCGUGGGAGGGUAUACGCGAUGCCUCUAAUUUCGGAUCUAUUUGUACUCAAUACAAUUCUACAUAUCAAGGCGAUGAAGACUGCUUAUUCCUUAAUAUCUACACCAAAUCUUUGGAUAAACACGCCAAAUUACCAGUCAUGGUGUGGAUUUAUGGGGGCUCUUAUUACGAAGGGUCGGGAGACUUUUUUACCCCUGACUUUCUUUUACAACAUGACGUUAUUUUAGUAACCUUCAACUAUAGGUUAGAGUUACUCGGUUUUUUGUCUCUUGAUAUACCAGAAGUGCCAGGAAACGCUGGGAUGAAGGACCAAGUGGCCGCGUUGAAGUGGAUCCAGCGAAAUAUAGAUAAUUUCGGCGGAGAUAAGAACAGUGUCACAAUAUUCGGAGAAAGUUCCGGAGCGUCGUCUGUUACACAUCACAUGCUAUCUCCGAUGUCUCAAGGGCUUUUCCAUAAAGUAAUAGCGCAAAGUGGAGCCUCGACUCACGACUGGGCUAUCGGCAGGGACCCCGUAGAGAGGGCCUUCAGAGCAGGCAAAAUCUUAGGCAUCGAAACUAAUGAUACCUAUGAAUUGCUCAAUUAUUUACGCGGCUUGGACGCCAGUGCCCUAACUAACCUGACUUUUUCAACCUUGACUGAAGACGAAAAGUACCGUGGUCUUCCUGAAAAGUUUAUCCCUGUGAUUGAAAAGAAGUUCCAUAAUGUCGAAGCUUUUCUCGAUGAAGAACCCAUUGAGACUUUAGUGGAGGGAUUUCCCCCCACAUCCUCAUUAGAGUUACCAGAAAUACCAUUAAUGCUUGGUUACAAUUCCGGAGAGGGUUUGAUCAUUGUCAAAGACCAUCUGACUAAGUUAGACGUGUAUAAUAACAAGCCAUCUUUCUACAUACAGCAAGAAGUCGCAGAGAGGCUCUCUGAUGAAAAAUUAGAAGAAUAUGGGGACAGAGUAAAGAGAUUCUACGUAGGAGACAGAAAUAUAACAAGUAAUGAUUUAGACGUUAUACGAGACAUUCUAACCGACAUUUAUUUCGUGUUUAACACGCAAAGAUUUGCUCAUCUAUACUCCUAUGUAUGUGAUUCUACGGUGUAUUUAUAUAGAUUCGGAUAUGAAACUGGCUUAAAUGUAAUAAAAAUUGCUUUGGGCCUAGAAAAUUUGAAAGGGGCAAGUCACGCGGAUGAGUUAUUUUAUUUAUUCUACAAUUAUUUAAACGAAGAUUCUUAUAAAAAUCAAGAAUUGAGGGAAAUCGUCUUUAAGGCACCACAACCACCAAAGCCGUGGGAGGGUAUACGCGAUGCCUCUAAUUUCGGAUCUAUUUGUACUCAAUACAAUUCUACAUAUCAAGGCGAUGAAGACUGCUUAUUCCUUAAUAUCUACACCAAAUCUUUGGAUAAACACGCCAAAUUACCAGUCAUGGUGUGGAUUUAUGGGGGCUCUUAUUACGAAGGGUCGGGAGACUUUUUUACCCCCGAUUUUCUUUUACAACAUGACGUUAUUUUAGUAACUUUUAACUAUAGGUUAGAGUUACUCGGUUUCUUGUCUCUUGAUAUACCAGAAGUGCCAGGAAACGCUGGGAUGAAGGACCAAGUGGCCGCGUUGAAGUGGAUCCAGCAAAAUAUAGAUAAUUUCGGCGGAGAUAAGAACAGUGUCACAAUAUUCGGAGAAAGUUCCGGAGCGUCGUCUGUUACACAUCACAUGCUAUCUCCGAUGUCUCAAGGGCUUUUCCAUAAAGUAAUAGCGCAAAGUGGAGCCUCAACUCACGACUGGGCUAUCGGCAGGGACCCCGUAGAGAGGGCCUUCAGAGCAGGCAAAAUCUUAGGCAUCGAAACUAAUGAUACCUAUGAAUUGCUCAAUUAUUUACGCGGCUUGGACGCCAAUGCCCUAACCAACCUGACCUUUUCAACCUUGACUGAAGACGAAAAAUACCGUGGUCUUCCUGAAAAAUUUAUCCCUGUGAUUGAAAAGAAAUUCCAUAGUGUCGAAGCAUUCCUCGAUGAAGAACCCAUUAAGUCUUUAGUGUACUCUAAUAAGUUGCCCAAAAUACCAUUAAUGCUGGGUUACAAUUCCGGAGAGGGUCUGAUCAUUGUCAAAGAUCAUCUGACUAAGUUAGACGUAUAUAAUAAUGUGCCAUCUUUCUACAUACAGCAGGAAGUCGCAGAGAGGCUCUCUGAUGAAGAAUUAGAAGAAUAUGGAGAAAGAGUAAAGAGAUUCUAUGUAGGAGACAGAAAUAUAACAAGUAAUGAUUUAGACGUUAUACGAGAUAUUCUAACCGACAUUUAUUUUGCGUUUAACACGCAAAGAUUUGCUCAUCUAUACUCCUAUGUAUGUAGGUCUAAUGUGUAUUUAUAUAGAUUCGGAUAUGAAACUGCCUUAAAUGUAAUCAAAAUUGCUCUGGGUCUAGAAAAUUUGUACGGAGCAAGUCACGCGGAUGAGUUAUUUUAUUUAUUCUACAAUUAUUUAAACGAAGAUUCUUAUAAAAAUCAAGAAUUGAGGGAAAUCGUCUUUAAGGUGACGAAACUUUGGACGGAUUUUGCUAAAACUGGAAAUCCAACCCCUGACAAUAGUUUGGGGGUAACAUGGAAACCCUACACCACCGAAGGAAAUGAGUAUUUUAAUCUAGAUGACUCGUUUUCUAUGGGAUGGAGUGCAGAUAAGGAAAGAAUGGAUUUUUGGGACACAAUCUACGAUGAAACUGGCCUUCAGCAUUUGAAAUACAAAAACUUUCCAUUCCAAAAGAAAUCUGGAGAAACCAGUAUCACUAUUCUGAGUGAUAAUUUAUGUGACAAA